UUUGUCUAGAUGGGUAUCAGAACUACUGAUGGUCUGAAAAACAGAUCCCGGGAAUCACUCAGAUGAUACUGUGUAUGUUUAAGAAUUAAAAAAUGAAGGUUAAAUGAACUUCUCUCUGGAAUAUAUAUAAAUUUAUUAUUGAUCAUUGUAGAAAAACACGUCAUCGCUUGUCAGUGCAGUUGUUUUCAAGCUAGCAGGGAAUCCUUUGGGAUUUCUAUAAUGUCUGCUAACUACACAGGCUUAUCCACUAGUCUUCAUUCAGAGGAGCAGGAACUGCUUUCUAAAGAGAUUUAUGAACAAUAAAGAAAGUGGGCAGGAUCUUGGUGUACUCGGUAUUGGCCUUGUUUAAACUGAUAAAAACCAAAUGGCUGCAUAAUUUUGGGAAUGUAUAUAUGUACCAUUCUAGGUCAAUGUGAAACGUAUAGUUGUUUGCUUUUUAACUCAAUACAGAAAUAUUUUUGUGGACAGUGGAUGCACAAUUCAGCUGACAGCUCCUUCUGUUCUUUCCCAGUCUGUGUUACAGCAAGAUUUUCACGUAGGUUUACAAUAUUGCCUUAGAAGAUAGAAUGGUUUGAAGAAACAGCUCUGCUGACACAGCUGUUAGUUCUGCUUCUGGGUUGCUUCACUUCCUUCCUACAGUGUAACUGUCACAAGGGAGAUUUCAGAAGCAGAGACAGAACCAGGCCUCUCGGCCACAUGAGCCAAACCAAGUGCAAAACCCGGUGCCGCUGACGGCUUAGGAGCAGGAACGGGCAGGGGAAGGGACGCGAGCGGCAUCAGACCAGGGCGGCGGGCAGGCCGCGCACUUCGUCCUUCUGGCGUUUGCCACCGCGCACAGCCAGCCGCCUCCCCCGGCAAGGCGCCGUCACCGCCAAGGGCUGCCGCACGGGGUGGCGGCGCCCAACUUUUGUGCGGGACAACCCCGUCGCCUGCCGCGGCCGGCGUGCGCAGGAAGAAGCGACGCAACCCCCCCGGCCGCCAUCCCGCGCAGCACUCCCCACAGGGGGCGCUCCCGCCCCCCGGCCGCGGCCCAUCCCCGAGGCGGGCCCGGGUACGAACGAGGCGGCUCGCCGGGGCUCAGUUCCUGCUUGCCGGGCGGGGAUGGAGCGGUUCUGCGCGCUGUGGUGCCUGCUGUGGUGCCUGCCGCGGCCGGCGGCGGCGCGGUCCCCCCCGCACCUGGUGCUGGUGCUGGCCGACGACCUGGGCUGGGGCGACGUGGGCUGGCACGGCUCGGCCAUCCGGACGCCGCGGCUGGACGCGCUGGGGGCGGGCGGCGUGCGGCUGGAGCGCUACUACACGCAGCCGCUGUGCACGCCGUCCCGCAGCCAGCUCCUCAGCGGCCGCUACCAGAUCCACACGGGUUUACAACACCAAAUAAUUUGGCCGUGCCAGCCCAGCUGUCUACCGCUUGAUGAGAAACUCCUCCCAGAGCUGCUUAAAGAUGCAGGAUAUGUUACUCACAUGGUGGGGAAGUGGCAUUUAGGGAUGUACAGGAAGGAAUGCCUUCCAACCCGCAGAGGAUUUGAUACUUACUUUGGUUAUCUUCUGGGGAGUGAGGAUUAUUAUUCUCAUGAUCACUGUGUGUUCAUCAAACCAAAGAAUGUAACACGCUGUGCCCUGGACUUCCGUGAUGGAGAAGAAGUCGCUACUGGUUUUAAAAACAUGUAUUCCACGAAUUUAUUUACAGAAAGAGCUAUAGACCUUAUAGCCAAUCAUAACACUGAGAAGCCCCUCUUUCUUUACCUUGCUUUUCAGUCUGUCCAUGAGCCUCUUGAGGUUUCUGAAGAGUACAUGAAACCAUAUUCCUCCAUUAAAGAUGAAAAGAGGCGCCAUUACGCAGGAAUGGUGUCUCUUUUGGAUGAAGCUGUAGGAAAUCUUACUGAUGCUCUGAAAAAAUACGGUCUUUGGAAUAAUACUGUUCUUGUUUUCUCUACUGAUAAUGGAGGACAGACUAUGGCAGGUGGAAAUAACUGGCCGCUUAGAGGAAGAAAAUGGACUCUCUGGGAAGGAGGAGUUAGAGGAGUAGGCUUUGUUGCAAGUCCUUUACUGAAGCAAAAAGGUGUAGAAAGUCAUGAACUUAUCCAUAUCUCUGACUGGCUGCCAACGCUGGUGCACCUUGCUGGAGGACAUACCAAUGGCACAAAGCCUUUGGAUGGCUUUGAUGUUUGGAAAACCAUCAGUGAAGGAAGACCUUCUCCCAGAGUGGAACUGCUUCAUAACAUAGAUCCAAUGUUUGUGGAUGAUUACCCAUGUUUUGGCAUUGACAACAGGACAUCUUUACCACAGAUCAAUUCUUUUCCGUUGGAUAGUACACUUUUCAAUAUCUCCAUACAUGCAGCAAUCCGUCAUGGAAAAUGGAAGUUACUAACUGGAUACCCAGGCUGCGGUCAUUGGUUCCCUCCACCAUCUUUGUUCACUGAGUCACAGAUUCAGUCAUAUGAUCCACCAACGAAGAGACUUUGGUUGUUUGAUAUUGUACAUGAUCCUGAAGAGAAACAUGAGUUGUCUGAAAAACAUCCUCAUGUGGUGAAAAAGCUGCUUUCACGUCUUCAGUACUAUUAUAAACGUUCAGUGCCUGUGUUCUAUCCUGAUGAGGAUCCCCAGUGUGAUCCAGCAGCAACUGGGGUCUGGGGUCCUUGGGCAUAGUGCACAGCACUGUAUCCUGUAAAACAUACCUGCAGUAGUGUUUGAUUUAUGGACUUCAGAAUCCUAGUCACAUCUGUCUUACCUUGUUGCACUGUUGCUAAUUGUGAACUCAUUCUCUGCUCAUUCUUUAAGAGAACUUUUAAAAUAUGGAAUCUUACUUCAAUCCUUUCCACUUUCUCCUUCCCAGUUAUUGUUUGUAAAAUAUUGAUAAAAUUAUAAAUCUGUUGUUCGAGUAUUCUUUUUUAACAUUAUGCCCUUAAAGUAGAAAGUAAAAUGUUGCCUCCUUCUCUGGAAGGGAUUACUUUUGUUAAAAAGCUGCAGUGAGUCAUGGCAGCAGAAAUUUUCAGAAUUCUCCUGUGGAAUAAACAGAUGUUUUUGUUUCAUGUUUACUCAGGAGACAAAUUCUAUUGAAAGCUGUUACAUUACCCAUUAAAAAUAAAUUAAUAAAUGCAU